UUCCUCUCCGAUUCGGCUACGUUCCUUCUGUCGUCUCUCUCUCUCUCUCUCUCUCUCUCUCCCUCUCUCCUCCCUCUGCCUCUUCGUCUUCAGAAUCACAGUUCGCUGCUUAGAGAGAGAAACAAUUAAGAAAAAAAUGUCAUCUUAAUCCGAAAGCAACCUCCAUUUCGCUUUCUCUUCCUCUCUCUCUCAUCACCUGUUAUUUCUCAGAGAGAGAGAAAGAGAAGCAGCAUCAACAAUUCAAUUCUUUCCGAAAUUCUCCGCCACGCCCGCGCUCGAUUCCGGCGAAUGUGCUUCGCCGGCAAUUUGCAGUUGCGCUUGCGAUUCAAUCACCUGAUCAGCUUAUGAUGUAAUCUGAGCUCGAGCUGUAAUCCGAUUCGAUUAGCAACAAUGCCAGGAGAGUAAUUUCGUUGCAAGAAGACGAAAAGACUAGAACUUUUGAUUUCGAAACCUCCGAGGACGAGAGGCGGAGACCUCGGAGCAGAUCUCUUAAGAAAAGGACGACAAAUGCUUCCUUGAGAUUAACAAACACUCCUAGAAAGCGUGGCACGCGUGUGGCCAAUUGUCGCUACGCAUCGAUUUCAAUUGAAAAUGCUCGGGAUGCUGAGGAGGAAGAAGCUGUGAUUACGUUUCGCGAUGCAUUGGUUGCUAAAGAUAUGCUCCCGGCUCAAUUCGAUGAUUAUCAUACAAUGCUGAGAUUUUUGAAGGCGAGGAAGUUUGACAUUGAUAAAUCUUUUCAAAUGUGGGCAGAAAUGCUCAACUGGAGGAGAGAGUAUGGAGUAGAAUCUAUUGUGAAGGAUUUUGUGUACAGUGAAUAUGAAGAGGUUCAGCGUUUCUAUCCUCAUGGUUAUCAUGGUGUAGACAAGGCAGGGCGACCUCUUUAUAUUGAAAGACUUGGAAAAGUUGAACCUAGCAAGCUAAUGAAUGUCACCACAGUGGAACGGUUUCUAAAAUAUCAUGUCCAGGGUUUUGAGAAGGCUUUUGCUGAGAAAUUCCCAGCAUGUUCUAUUGCGGCCAAAAAGCAUAUAGAUUCUACAACCACUAUUCUAGAUGUCCAGGGGAUGAACUGGAUGAGUUUUGGCAAGGUUGCACAUGACCUUGUUAUGCGCAUGCAGAAAAUGGACGGUGAUAACUAUCCUGAGACAUUACAUCAAAUGUUUGUGGUAAAUGCUGGUAAUGGGUUCAAGCUACUUUGGAACACAGCAAAAGGCUUUCUUGACCCAAGGACUACUGGAAAGAUACAUGUCUUAGGCAACAGAUUUCAAAACAAGCUUUUGGAAAUCAUAGACUUGAGCCAACUUCCGGAUUUCCUUGGGGGAACUUGUUCGUGUCCAAAUGAAGGCGGGUGCCUUAGGUCUGGAAAGGGACCCUGGAAUGAUCCAGAAAUAAUGAAACUGGUACACGUUGGAGAAACAAUGCACCUGAGGAAAAUCAAAGGUUCUGAUGGUGACGAUGUCGGAAUCAAGCUGCUUACCUCUAAGAUUACAGAUAGUGAAAUAGUAUCUGCAGCUGAGUCAAGAUCAGAAAUGAGGUCAAGUACUUCUGCCUUCUUGCAGCUAUCAAAGUCUAACUCUGACGAAGAGAGGGCAACUGAGUCUGCUGCAUCUCCCUGCAGCCUAGUUGAAUCAGGCAGUACUGCAGGAAGAAUGGAAGUUGCUAACUCAAGUUUAAAAAGUGAUUCACCCAUUGAAUCAGGCAGUACUGCAGGAAGAAUGGAAGUUGCUAACUCAAGUUUAAAAAGUGAUUCACCCAUUAACUUCACCCCAAGAAGGUCGCUGAAGACAUCCAUUCCACAUGUAGCGAGUUUAACCGUUCACCUCAUACUCAAAAUAUUAACAGGCAUAUAUCUCGUAUUCCCAAUGUUAGGGAGGAUAUUUGCAGCAUGUUAUUCAGAUAGCUGCUUAAAAACACGAUUCAAACCUCUGCCAGUUGAAAAUCCAAGUUCUCAGGAACAACAGAAUUCACAGGGAAUAGAUGUAGGCCCCCUCUGGCAGAGGCUGCAGCAGUUAGAAGGAUUGGUUACCAAUUUGACAAACAAACCUACUAAAAUUCCUCAAGAGAAAGAAGACAUGCUUCACGAAUCUUUAAAUCGCAUUAAAUCUAUAGAGUACGACUUACAGAAGACAAAGAAAGCAUUGUUCGCAACUGCAUCAAAGCAAGUGGAGCUUUCUAAGUCGCUGAAAAGUUUAAAAGAUGACAGUUUAACCGGAUCAAACUCAUGUUGGCCAAGAAGUUGCCGUUACGACCACGACCCAGGAAGAUGAAUGCCAGUUUCUUGGGACAAGAGUCUACUGAUAUUGCUGGCCAACAAUGCCUGUUCACUCACAAAUGCAAAUAUUACCACAUCCGAGUUCACUGAGCCAAUUUUAAUGGGCUUGUCAUUUAAGGUUUUUGGUAAUUGGCAAUUGAUAGUAGCUAUUGAGAGAAUGAAGAGUAAAGAGAAUAAGGCUGUUGAUCGGGGUCACGGAACUCAUCUUUACAGCGAAGAAAAGCGUGUUUAUAACCUUCUUGGUGUUUAUGUACAUAGUAUGACCAUUUUUCUCUCUUUCUUUCCCCCUUUUCAUUGUGAUACAGUAUAAUACUUGACCCUUUUGAAUUUUAUACCAAUAGAGAAUUUACAAAAGCAGAUUUUACAUCUACAA